CUCAAGAUUUGUAGGGGUAGGACGUGUGCGCCACAUCCCCUGCGCACUCACCACUUACUCCUGCUGGUGACAGCAGUUUACGUUACCAUUGUUGGCCAGUGUGUAUGGUAAAUUAUGAAGACGAGCAUUCAAAAAAAUAAUUUUCUAUCAAUGCAAAUUACACUUCAAGCAAGAAAAUAAUUUUCAAAUACGUACAAGUGAAAACAAAAUGCAUUUCUUCAGUUGACGAAUUUAUAUUAAUUAAUCGAAGUAACAAAAAUAAGAAAAAGGCUAGAAGAAAUAAAAGCUGUUACAAAAUUUAUGAUCUAAAUGCCUGAUUCAAGAAAAGAUUGCGCUGCUAUUCGCAGGCGCCGACUAUGUUCGACUCGACUAAAGGCGCAUUGCUCAUAGCGCCAUCUCUUUUUAACAGUUCUUGCUGGCAACACGGUAAAGGCUGGCCUUCUACCUUUCCAGCGCCAGCGGAUAUUUUGAAAGCAUUCUUCAUAUUUGCGCUCUCAAUGGCAAUAGUAUUCGGCAAUUUGGUACUGAUCUGUGUAUUGAAUAAUCGGCGAUAUAUUAAAUAUAUUGAUAAUCAGCCACGGUAUCUUCUGACUUCACUCGCUCUCAACGAUUUAUUCACGGGUAUCUUGAUAGCUCCGGUGGCUCUUCUGCCAGCCCUUUACAAGUGUUGGCCCUACGGAGAAAUAUUCUGUCAGAUACAGGCCCUCUUACGCGGAGCAGUGAGCCAACAAAGUGCUGUUAUUUUAGUGUGCAUGGCAAUCGACAGAUAUUUAUAUUUAUUACACCCUAACACUUACCACAAACAUUCCAGUAAAAAGGGUUGUGUACUGGUUAUAAGUAUAACGUGGAUUUUGUCUGUUUCAUUAUUUGCAAUAAUGGUUCUUCCACGGUCUGGGUAUUACUUCAAUUCUACAGGAUUGAUGGCUUGUGACGUAUUUCAUAGUAGGGUUGCAUUCAGAAUACUCUCGUGUUGUGCUUACUAUUUUCCAACUACAAUGGCACUCAUGUAUUGCUAUGGAUCGGGCUUCCAUGUAAGCAAGAACAGAAGCAAAUGCGACCAGGACUCGACGAGAUCCAAUGGUGUACCAGUGCCUUGUAAUAAGAACUCUCGUGGCGAACACGACAUCAUGCAAAUACCAGUACCAGUGCGACCACACAGCGUCAGCACAUCGCGUACUAUGGCGGCUAUGUCCCUGGGAUUCAUUGUUAUGGUCACUCCGGCUACUAUCCAGGAAGUCGUCGCAGCAUGUACCGGCUGUAAGGUACCACCAUCUCUGGAUUUCAUCGUUACAUGGCUGGCAUUGAGCAACAGUUUUUGGAAUCCUUUUCUUUAUUGGCUUCUCAAUAGUCAUUUUAGAAGAAUCAGCAACGAUCUCCUUCAAUACUAUGUUUGUUGCAGAAGAACUAAAUCAUUUCCAAGCUAUGAAAAGCCAACAGGUUGCUGUGGGUCACCCGUCACAUCCGAUGGCCUUCAUUCGAAGGGAGAAUUUGAAGGUCUUGGAGAGAAAUAUUGGGGAGAAAUAUUAGAACGUACUGUUUCUUCAACUUCCUUACACGCUAUUCAAAAAGCCUGUCAAAGGGAUCCGCUUCGGUGCACCGGAUCAUUUAAAGGUUGUCCAAGUGGAACAUGUAAACAAGAUCCAAGAUAUUUCGAUGGUUAUGGGCCAACAGAUUACAGGCAGCUGGAUAGAUCUGCAUUUCAAAUUGAAUCAUGUUCACGACAGUGUAGAAUGAAGAACUCAGAUUUCUGUUUGUUUAGACCCAGCCCAGGUUUUGAAUGUGGCCGUUCGCGAUCUAAUUUAAGUUUAGACGAAGGAAACUUCAACAAAACUUGUAAUAAUCGACAUCCAGAGUUGUGAGAAUUUCGAAACUGUCCGGUCUUCGGGCACAGAAGUAAUAGCAUAGGUAUGUAUCCGGGGGUGGAACAUUUUAACUCUAAUAUUAAGUGGAAAUUUGAUGACUCACCAGGUGUCGAUGAGGACUUACAAACUCUGGAACAAAAUCUUG